AUGAAAAAACAUUUAAUUUUAUUUCUUUUUACGACCCUUUUAUGGCUUGCCAUUGCCAAUGGUCAGGAUGAUGGACAAGAUAAUACAGAUACUCAAGACACUUCAACAGGAAUUGCGACUACUGAUGUUGUUGCAACAACAACCGAUGCUGGUGUCACAUCAAUCACAACAGAUAUUGCUAGUGCAACAAUAACAGCUGAUAUGCCUGAGACUACAAAUGAAGUAUCGAUAACAACCGAUUCAAUUAUGUCGGCUACUGCCACCACAGACCUUGUCACUUCUACAUCGACUGAUAUGCUUCCUACUUCAGUAGAAACCGAAUUACCUGAUGCCAAUAUCACCACACCUGAAAACAACUCUACUAGAACUGUAAAUCCAAGUGUAUGUCAGGCUCUUCAACAGUGGUAUAAUUCGCUCAAUGGCAAAAACUGGAUUCAACACUCAGGUUGGGACUCUUCCAACAUGACCUCUUGCUGUAGUUGGUAUAAUGUGCAUUGUAACAAGAUAGGCCAAGUCUUAAAAAUUGAUCUCUCAUAUAACAACCUUGUUGGACAACUCCCAAACAAUCUUGAUCAAUUGCCAGACCUUCAAAAUAUUGAUUUAAGUUACAAUAAUAUCACUGGCUCAUUUCCUUCAAGUGUUGACAAACUUGCCCAUUUGCGAUCUGUUAACUUCGAUGUCAAUUUACUUUCUGGAAACUUACCUUCUGGACUCAGCGGCCUCGUUAAUCUCACGAACAUUCAUUUCAAGAACAAUUCAUUUUCUGGGACUAUUCCUAAUAGCUGGGCCAACAUGAAGGCUGUUGAAAGCCUCUACCUCAGCAACAACAAUCUGACAGGACCUUUUCCUGGUGUAGUGGCUCAAUUAUCGGGACUUUCAUCAUUGUACCUAGAUAACAAUGCUUUCAGUGGCUUCUUGAACAUCAGCUUCAGUGGCCUUUCUAAACUUACUCAACUAAACAUCAAAGGAAAUCAUUUGCUGGGUAACAUCCCUCCUUCCAUUGGCAACUUAACUUCUCUGAAAUCUUUAGAUCUUUCCAACAACAGAAUAACUGGCUCACUUUCUUCAACAAUUGGAAAUCUUGUCAAUCUUAAGCGAUUAAAUCUUGGCCAUAAUGGUUUUUCUGGUCCAAUUCCUAAUGAAAUUGACAAAUUAACAAAACUUGAAAGUCUUAGUUUGAAUUACAAUGCUUUUAAUGGUCAAUUUCCUUCUGGUAUGGCUCCUCCUGCACUUGGCUAUUGUCACAUGACACCUAAUCAAUUCCAAUCUUGUCCUGAUCGAAGCAUCAUUACUAACCCUCAAAGCUUGGCCUUCCAAUGUUCUGUGGACUGUGCAGUCAAGACGAAGAAGAGUAAGUCUGCUGCUUCUAUUCAAUUACCCUCACAUAGUAUCAUGUUCUUGAUUUUAUCUCUUAUUACAACCGCAUUUAUGUAA